AUGUGGAGAGAAGCGUGUGAGGACGAGGGGGAUGAGUUCGAUAGUCUGUGGGCUUUGGAGGAGCGGGCGGAAAAGGAGUUGUCAGUUUUAGAGAAACUGAUUGAACAGACAAAGGAGAACAUAGAAAAACUGGACGAUUAUAUAGAUAGGAAGUACAAGGAAAUAAAAACGCUAGCAAGUAAAAAGCCAACAAGAAUAAAUUGGGAAAAGGCACAAGGGAGAACACACAUGUCGAUGUUUUACCAAAAGGAAUAUGGAUUCGCUCCAUCCAAUGAAGACGCAUUAAAAAUUACUGAAUUCCAAAUGAGUAUAUCAAAUUAUCGAAAAAAAUAUGAAUAUAAGAAAAGCGAAUGGACGAAAAGAGAAAUUGAACUUCUCUUCGACCUCGUGGAAAAAACGUCCAGAAAGUAUGCCAUUCGGUAUUUAAUAGAUGAAAACUUACCUUACGAUGUGAAGGUGCAAAAACGGAAGGAGAUCGAAGAUAGUAAGGAUGUCAAAAAUUUACUUUCAAAAAUAAAAUUACAUUUUGAUGCAUUUCAAAAGUUGUCCACAGGAGGGGAGGGAUUUACUGAUUACCCCGAGGGAUCACCUCCAGAUGGAAUAACAAAUUUUGCGGAAUUUUCGAACCAUUUUUGGAAUGAAGUGGCAUCAUAUUUAACCAAUACGCAGACAAGCAGGGAGUGCCAAAAGACGUGGCUCUACCACUGUUGUUUUGAAGAUCCAAAACAAAAAAAAUGGAACAAAGAAGAGAAAGAAAAAUUGUUGAGCUUAUGCAAAAAGUAUGAAAAAAGAGAGUGGACUAAUAUAGCUAGAGAAUUAAAUACAAAUAGAAGUCCCCUCUCCUGUUUUAUGGAAUUCAUAAAGUUAACAAAAAUGUAUGAACAGUGCCAUGAUAAAGUGAAACUUGAAAGAAUAGGGUUUAACCUUUUAGAGGAUAUACAACUCCAAAUAUUGGUGUCUAUCCUUGGUGAUAAAAAUUGGAAUGAAGUGAAACUCCACAUGGAGAAUCUGAACUCCAAUAACAAGCGCGUUCAAAUGAGAAAGGGUUUCAACCCUUGUACAGGGGAGAAGGAUAAAAGGGUGAAGAAAAAGCUCAGUGACGAAAUAUCCUACAAGAGGAGGUAUCUGCGUUUGGUUCGCGGGAGACGAGAUAUGCAUUGA